ACACUUGCGGUCCGCUCCGAUCGAUGUCGUCGGCUAUGGCAUGCAUAUUCCGGCGAAGUGUUCGCCGUAGCCCGACCUAUCUUCGAUGUAAAUGUUUGUCAACGACUCCCUCGCCGGGCGUAAAGAAUCAGAAGAAUGAAAGAAUAGAGAAGAUACUGAUAGCCAACAGGGGAGAAAUCGCAUGUCGAAUUAUGAGAACUGCCAAACGAUUGGGGAUUCAAACCGUUGCCGUUUAUAGCGACGCCGAUGAGCACAGUUUGCACGUCAAGUCCGCCGACGAAGCCGUGCGUAUAGGUCCCCCUCCCCCUCGGCUCAGCUACUUAGAGGCGUCCGCCAUUAUCGAAGCUGCAAACAAAACUGGCGCUCAGGCUAUCCACCCAGGUUAUGGUUUCUUAUCAGAAAGUGCUGCAUUUGCUCAACUUUGCGAAGAUAAAGGUUUAAUUUUUAUUGGACCUCCUGCAUCUGCAAUUCGAGACAUGGGGGAUAAAAGUGCUUCAAAGAGAAUUAUGGGCGCAGCUGGUGUCCCACUUGUGCCUGGAUAUCAUGGUCAAGAGCAAGAUAUUGAGCUUAUGAAGUUAGAAGCUGAGAAGAUUGGUUAUCCUGUCCUCAUCAAACCAACACAUGGUGGUGGAGGAAAGGGUAUGAGGAUUGUACAGAAUCCUAGUGAAUUUGUUGACUCAUUCCUGGGAGCACAACGUGAAGCUGCAGCAUCAUUUGGCGUAGAUACUAUCUUGCUUGAAAAAUACAUCACAAAGCCAAGACAUAUAGAAGUCCAGGUUUUUGGAGAUAAACUGGGUAAUAUUAUUUAUCUCUAUGAGAGAGAUUGCAGUGUGCAGAGAAGACACCAAAAAAUUAUUGAAGAAGCUCCUGCACCAAACAUUAACAGCGACUUUCGCAACCACUUGGGCCAAGCAGCUGUUGCCGCAGCCAAGGCAGUUAAUUAUCACAAUGCAGGAACAGUUGAGUUUAUUGUUGAUACUCUUUCAGGACAAUUUUACUUCAUGGAGAUGAAUACCCGUCUUCAGGUGGAGCAUCCUGUUACAGAGAUGGUUGUCAACCAAGAUCUUGUUGAAUGGCAAAUACGUGUUUCAAAUGGAGAACCUCUGCCAAUUAGCCAGUUACAAGUUCCCUUGUCAGGCCAUGCUUUUGAAGCCCGUAUAUAUGCUGAAAAUGUUCCAAAAGGAUUUCUUCCUGCAACUGGUAUUCUUCAUCAUUAUCGGCCUGUUCAAGUUUCUCCAGAAGUUCGAGUUGAAACUGGAGUCGCGCAAGGGGAUAUGGUGAGCAUGCAUUAUGAUCCCAUGAUUGCAAAACUUGUUGUGUGGGGUGAAGAUCGUUCUACUGCUCUGAUCAAGAUGAAGGAUUGCUUGUCGAAGUUUCAGGUUGCAGGACUGCCAACUAAUAUCGAUUUUCUCUCAAAACUUGCAAAUCAUGACGCAUUCAGAAGUGGAGAAGUUGAAACUCAUUUUAUUGAGCGCUAUAAAGAAGAACUGUUCCUCAAUCCAAGUGAUUCAGUAUUAGCACAAGAAGCAUAUCAUUCUGCUAAACAUGCUGCAUCCAUUGUAGCUGCUUGUUUUUGCCAAAGUGAACAUGCAGCAGUAGAAAAAGGGGGACUUUCUCUAUGGUAUGCUCACCCUCCUUUUAGAAUGCACCACAAUGCCAGGCGUAUAAUGGAAAUGGAAUGGGAUCAUGAAUGCAACAAAGGAAGCAGAAAACUAUUAAAACUUUUUGUCACUUAUAAGUUAGAUGGGAAAUAUGCGAUUGAGAUGGAAGAAAACAGUUCACCUGCUCUGGAAAUUGAUGUAGAACACUUGUCCGAUCUUGAUUUUAGAGUUGAAGUUGGUGGUGUCAGCAUGAAAGUUAGUCUAGCUGUUUAUUUCAAGGAUCAGACUGAAUACAUUCACAUCUGGCAUGGUUCUUGUCAUCAUUUCUUCACAAGGAAAAUGAGGCUAGAACUCUUUGAUGAUGGUGAUAAGCAACAAAAACCAGCGCUGGAGUCGGCAUCUCAUCCUCCGGGGACUGCUGUGGCCCCAAUGGCUGGUUUAGUGGUUAAAAUUUUAGCAAAGGAGAGGGAAAAAGUUGAGGAAGGACAACCCAUAAUAGUAUUAGAAGCAAUGAAGAUGGAGCAUGUCGUUAAGGCGCCGACCUCUGGUUAUGUUAGUGGGCUUCAGUUAACUGCAGGGCAACAGGUCUUUGACGGACGCGUUCUCUUCAUUAUCAAGGAUAGUUGAUGGCACUAAGGUUGUUCUUUUAGAGAAGAGGAUAAAGCCUCGUGGAAGCAGUUUCUCAGAAGUGAAAGUGGAUUAGUUCUGAUUUCUAUUUCACUGGAAAUUACUAUAUAUUAGGUGCCUAUUCGGAAUGUAUAAACGGGAGGGCUUACGCACCUGUAUAAGGCUAUAUUGCUAUAGCAUGGCCCAUUGCACAAUUGUGAAGUACAAACAAUCAAUCAAUCAAGUGUACAUUCUGAACC